UUAGUGCCCCCCCCCCCCCCCCCCCCCUCCCGAUUCCUUUACACACACACACACACACACACACUCUCGUUAAGAAGGGGGCAUUCUCGGUGGCGGAUUCACCUCCUGCACCCUGGGUAAUGCCGGGCAGCAGUAAGAGCGGGGGUUUAUCCGACCCUGCGUCUCCACCCCACCCCACCGUUCCGUCCCGCCCGCUCCGGCCCAGCCGCUACAUCCCGGUGUCGGCGGCCACCGCCUUCCUGGUGGGAGCGACCACGCUCUUCUUCUGCUUCACGUGCCCGUGGCUUUCUGAGCAGUUUUCAGUCGCCGUGCCCAUUUACAAUGGCGUCAUCUUUCUUUUUGUCCUGGCCAACUUUUGUAUGGCCACCUUCAUGGACCCCGGGAUCUUCCCCAGGGCAGAGGAAGACGAAGAUAAGGACGAUGAUUUCCGAGCGCCCCUGUACAAGACGGUGGAGAUCAGGGGCAUUCAGGUGCGCAUGAAGUGGUGUUCCACCUGCCGCUUCUACAGACCGCCUCGCUGCUCCCACUGCUCUGUGUGUGACAACUGCGUGGAGGAUUUUGAUCACCACUGUCCGUGGGUGAAUAACUGUAUAGGCAGAAGGAAUUACCGUUACUUCUUCCUGUUCCUGCUCUCUCUGACCACUCACAUCAUGGGCGUGUUUGGCUUCGGCCUGCUCUUCAUCCUGUACCACACACAGCAGCUGGACCGAGUCCACUCAGCGGUCACUAUGGCUGUUAUGUGUGUCGCUGGACUCUUCUUCAUUCCAGUAGCAGGUCUUACUGGUUUCCACAUUGUACUGGUGGCGAGAGGCAGAACGACUAAUGAGCAGGUGACGGGGAAGUUCAGAGGAGGCGUGAACCCCUUCACUAACGGCUGCUGGAGGAACGUGACGCGUGUCCUGUGCAGCUCUCAGGCGCCCAGGUACGUGGGCAGGAAGAAGAAGGCUCAGACCGUGUCCGUCCGGCCCCCGUUUCUGCGCCCGCAGCUCACCGAGGCCCAACUGGCAGCCAAAGUGCUUGAUAACGGGAUUCAGGGAGAUCUGCACCGGUCUAAGAGCAGUUUAGAGAUGAUGGAGAGUCAGUCUGCUGAUGCUGAGCCUCCUCCUCCUCCUCCUCCUAAACCUGAGCUCAGAUACCCGGGCCUGUCGAGAGCACCCGCCGAAGAGAGCAGCCUGUUGAACAAAGCUCCGCCAACUCCAUCGAUGUACAAGUACAGACCAACGUACAGCAGUCCGGGACGGAACCACGCAGCGCUGACGCACGCCUACGCCAACCAGAUGAGCCGCGGGGACAGUCUGAAGGAGUCGUCCUCCUCUCUCCUCCAGUCCAGUCAGCAGCCGGGUUUCCGCUCCGAGCCCAGUCUGGAGGGCCGCGACGGAGGGGGGGGGGAGCGCUCGGGUGCCGAGCGACCCCACGGAGCCCAGGGGGCGCCGUCCACCCCCGCCAUCUCCGGCUAUCCCUUCGGCGGCCGCUCUUACCCGUCCUUCUCCGACCCCACGGUGCUCUCCGGCGGUGCCUCGCGCUCCUCCAGCGUGCAUUCCAGCGCCCACAACGCACCGCUCUCCGAGACGUCUAGCUACAAGAGCUCGGCCAAUCAGACGCCGCCCGUGAAUCCACGCAAUGGCAGCUUGUCCUACGAGAGCCUGCUCACGCCCACCGAAAGCCCGAAUUUCGAUUCUCCGGGCGCGCCGGCUCCGUUAGGGUACACGUCUCCGUUCCUGUCCGCGCAGAUCGCCCAGCAGCGCGAGGAGCAGCUCCACCAGCCCUCCGCCUCCAGCUCGGUCCUGCUGGCCUCGCCUCACCGCGGCUCCUCGUACCUGCGCGGCUCGGUUUCCUCGCCGCCUCUGCCGGAGCGAGAGCGCGAGCGCCUGUUUAACGACGCCCAGCCGCGCCACCACCACCACCACCAUCAUCACCAGCAGCACCGCCCGCCACGCUUCUCCCGCCCCCCGCUGCUGUCCGAUCCGGCACAGCAGAGGCCCUCGAACCCUUACCGCGCACGCUCCACGGACACCCCACUGCCCCCGUCCACCCACCCGCCGCGUGCCGGCCACCCCCCUCCCCUAGGCAAGUCUCUGUCCUAUUCGAGCGCCGCGGCCGCCGAAAUGCAAUACCGCCUGGUGCGAAAAGCCUCCGCCUCCACCUCAACCGGGGUCGGGGGCAUCCAGGCGCCCAAGGACGAGAUUCAGAUGAAAUCCUCUAGUCGGACCAACGGGCAGCCCAGAUCGCCUGUUCCUCAGUCUCCUCUAUCCACCCCGUCCUCCCCCUCCCAUCCACUGAGCGUGUCCACCCGCCCGGGUCAGGCCUACCCCGGCAGCGCCGCCGCCACCUCCCCCUCUCAGAGCGCCGCGCCCAAGCCCGGAGGCGGGGUCAAGAAGGUGACGGGCGUCGGAGGGACCACUUACGAGAUAUCGGUCUGAGGAACGCGCGGCCACUUUAUCUAACCCGACUUUUAUCUGGUGGAGGAACGACUCCAGACUCGGGAUUUACUUUUAUAUUGUUUCGUGAGACGACGACGAUGAUGAUGAUGAUAGUGAUGAUGAUGAUGAGGAGGGGGAGGAGAAAUCCGUCGCUUAAAUUUCGGCGCAUAGCCUUUUUUCUACGGCCCCCUUUUUUUAAGACUGGUCUUGACUUGAAUGCGGCAGAUCGCUGGACUGCCAAAGCAAACAGGAAAGUAAAAUAACGCUUUAUGAAAGAUGUAAAUGAUACGUGGGGUUUUUAUGUAUAGAGAAAUUCGUCGCUCGUUUUCCGAUGUUUUUGUUUUAAUGGUUGAAACGAUCGCUGGGACUUCAGAUCGCUCAGAUCAGAUCAGACCGGAUCCGGAGAAUCGAACCCGGAGCGGAGUCGAUCUGUUUUGAUUUGCGCUCCCUUUCAUAAAGAUGAUGGUUUAAGGCGGCGGCUUUGGAACCCGAGGAAAAAUCGCUUUUAUUCUAUUUAAAUUUUUUACGUUAUUUUUUUAUGAAUUUAGACGUAGCAGUCGCCCGGAUCAGGCGGUUCGGCCAGGUUCGAGGCGGUUGGUUGAUCUGACACACGACGUGUGUUGAGCACUUCUGAUUCCAAGAUCUACAAGUCAAAGGACCUUCUGCUUGUCUUUAUACCAGGCCUGAUGGGAUUCGUGUCCAGUUGAUCUUUAUCAGACGUAGCAUCCAGACACACCUGAACCCGGGUCAGCGCCCGUAUGGUGGGGAUAUAUUUUCACUAAAUGUCACUUUGUACGUUUCUCGUGUCUCCGAGCCGCGUUCGGUCAUCGUUCCCGUUAAAGAGACUCUCGCUUGCACCCCUCGUCCUGCAGACCAAUUCUUUUUAAAAGCGGCACGGUUCUGUCCGGAUGGUGGAUGAACCGAUCAGUGAGUGACUGCUGUAUUCAGAACUGAAAUGAAAAUGCCUUUUUUUUAUUUCAUUUCUACUUUAAAAGAAAAAAACAAACAAGAUUUUGUGGGUAUUUUGCAAGACUCGUGUUUCAGUGAUUCCUCAAACUGUCGACAGUAUCUGAUUGAAUUGUAAAUCAUGACCGGACUGAUCACACAUUCAACAUUUUGGACGGUCGAUGCCUUCUCAGAAUUAAUAAUAAUAAAAUCAGGACGUUUCGGCCGUGGAUCAGUGUGUACAUGAAGAAGGACGGGAGGAUGGACGGUGUAGAUCGGCGUGAAUGAGUGGACGUGUGUGUGUGUGUGGUCGAGCAUUGUUAAUAAACACUUCAUAAACCA